AUGCCCAUUCAUUUUAAUGACUUCAUUUGUUUUGCCGAAACAGCUUUACAGUUGGAAGCUGAAAAGGGGGGAAAUGUGCUGAACAAUGGUGGAUGCAAUGCCUUCCUAAGACACAACUUCUGCAAUCAAAAUCAGACUAGGUCCUCAGUUACUUCACCUUGCAAAGUGUGCCCUGUACAAUGGAAGCUCCACAGGGACAAAUGCUACUGGCAAUCGGAAGUCAUAAAAACCUGGGAAGAGAGCAAACAUGACUGUUCAACAAGGGAUUCUCAACUGCUGGUCAUCCAAGACAAGGAGGAGAUGGAUUUCAUAAAAAACAUUACAAAACAUUCAAAAUACUGGAUUGGACUAUUAAAAUCGGAGAAGAAAUGGAUUUGGAUUACACGCUCCCAGCUUGAUCAGAGUCUAUUUUCAGAACCAGACUAUGCUAAAGGAAACUCUUGUGCUGUACUAAGAUAUAAAGUCACCUCUGAAAGCUGCGGUAGUGUACUUAGGUGGAUUUGCCAGAAAGACCCGCUCCUACUGUGAAAUUUUAGCUUGAUAAAUGUAAUGAUUAUGUGGGUUUUUGUUAUUUGCCAGAAACACACAAUAAAAAUGUCAUUGAGUGACUGAGAAGAUUGUGUAAAGGUAUUAUCCCAUUUUCAUCAGGAUACCUCAUUGUGAAACCAGAGGUAG